AUGCGUUACUCAUUCACCAUCACCGCCCUGAGCCUCCUCUCAUCGGCUUUUGCAAUCACCGUCACCACUCCGUCAUCAAACACGGCGUGGGAUUUCUCCACUGCCAAAACUAUCAAAUUUACUAGCGAUUCUAGUGAUCCUUCAGUAAUCAGCAUCAUCCUUCGAAGUAAGGAUGGCUCCUUCCAGACAAAAUUGGCGGAUAACGUCAAGACGUCUGACGGCGAAUACACGACCCAGCCUAACCCUAGCAUUUCCAACGGAAAUGACUACGAGAUCCAGAUAAUUGAUUCUGCCGGCCAGCUCGCCGUCAGUGACAUUUUUACUGUCGAGAAGGGCGCUUCGGACGAUGGUACUACAACUUCCUCUUCUUCCACCUCCUCUUCUUCCACCACCACCACCUCCUCCUCCACUUCUUCUUCCGCGACAUCCAGUGCGACCACUUCUACAUCGGUCACCUCCACCCUUACAUCCUCGGCGUCUUCAACACCCACAUCGUCGACUAGCUCCACCACUUCCUCCUCCUCUUCUACCUCUUCUUCCACGACCACGUCUUCCACCUCUUCCGACAAUUCAUCCACCAGUGCCUCCGCCUCCCCUCUGCACUCGACUGGUGCUGCGUCGUCUCAGUUGAGCGCUCCCAAGGGAGCCAUGGCUCUGCUCGGUGCUGCUUUCGCGCUCUUCUACGUCUAG